AUGUCCUUUCUCAACAACGUACUAGAACAAUUCAGCCAUCACAAAUCCAGCAACCAACAGCAGCAAUACCAGCAAGGCGGAUACCCACAAGGCAACUACUAUCCUCAGGGCGGCUACGCUCAAAAUGAUGGGAGACCACAUCCACCAGCUCCCUGGAUGGCCGAAUUUGACCAGUACGAGAACAGGUGGGUCUACAUUAAUCGAGAGACGGGUCAACGAACACACGAGUUUCCUCAAGGAGGUUACGGCGGCUACGACAAUCGCGGCUAUGGACAGCCAAUGGACUAUCAACAGCAGGGGUAUCAGGGUGCUCCAAUGCAGAUGCAACAGGAGCAGCAGCACAAGAGUCAUGCUGGUCGCAACGCAGCAUUGGCUGGAGCAGCGGGAUUAGCUGGAGGUGCGUUGCUGAUGCACGAAGGGGAGAAAGUUGAGGACGAUUGGAAGAGAGACGAAUACCGAGCUGAAGAACGUUUCGAUGACGCACGUUACGACAUCGAUAACGAGGCUCGCAGAGCUGGCAAUUGGGUUGAAGAUGCUCCGGAGCGACUGGCGUACGAUGCUGGGCAGGACGUUCAACGUGUUGAGGAUAUCCCAGAAGAUAUUGACCGUAAAUGGGACAAUUUCAGAAAAGAUGUCGAUGACAUUCCAGAAGAUAUUGCUAAUGAUGUUGGAGACGGCGUUGGAGACGUGGAAAGGUUUGGUGAUCGUAUGGACAAUGCGUAUGACGAUGGUCGUGACGACCGAAGAUACGACGAUGACAGGGGAGACUGGUAA